UCCAUGUUGGCAUGAGACAAGGUGGACAGCACGCAGAGUGUUGCGUCUUACCCGAAUGUCGUAGGUUUUUAUGUCGCGUUUGCAUAUUUUACCCGUGUAAACGUCAUUUAAAUACUAGGAAAGAGUCGACGAAAGAAGAAUGGGGGAUUUUGCGUCCCUCGGUCUGUCAGACUGGCUCAUUAAACAGUGUAAACAACUUGGAAUCAACAGACCUUCUCCGGUGCAGGAGAACUGCGUGCCAGCUAUACUAGAAGGUCGAGACUGUAUGGGCUGUGCCAAGACUGGGAGUGGGAAGACAGCUGCGUUUGUGCUUCCAGUGCUGCAGAAGUUGUCAGAAGAUCCUUAUGGAAUCUUCUGUCUGGUGCUGACCCCGACCAGAGAGUUGGCCUAUCAGAUUGCUGAGCAGUUCAGAGUUUUGGGGAAACCCUUAAGUCUGCGAGACUGCAUCAUCGUUGGAGGAAUGGACAUGGUGGCUCAGGCCCAGGAGCUGUCCAACAAGCCACAUAUUGUUGUGGCGACGCCUGGACGACUGGCAGAUCAUAUACGGAGCUCCAACACCUUCAGUAUGAAGAGGAUACAGUUCUUAAUCCUGGAUGAGGCAGAUCGCCUCCUGGAGCAGGGUUGCACGGACUUCUCCAAAGACCUGGAGGUGAUCAUGCAGGUUUUACCCACAAAACGACAGACGCUGCUGUUCAGUGCUACACUCACGGACACGCUUCAAGAGCUGAAGAGCAUUGCCAUGAACAGACCAUUCUUCUGGGAGAGCUUGUCAGAGACUCGAACAGUGGAGGAGCUUGACCAAAGAUACAUCCUGACGCCAGAGAAGGUGAAGGAUGCCUACCUGGUCCACCUGAUCCAGACCUUCACUGACCAACACCACGACUGGUCCAUCAUCAUCUUCACCAACACAUGCAAGAGCUGCCAGAUUCUCACCAUGAUGCUGCAGGAGUUUAACUUUCCCACCAUUUCUCUGCACUCCAUGAUGAAGCAGAAACAGAGAUUUGCAAAUUUGGCAAAGUUCAAGGCGAGCGUCUUCAAGAUCCUGAUCGCAACAGAUGUAGCGGCCAGGGGUUUAGACAUCCCCACUGUGCAGGUGGUCAUCAAUCACAACACACCUGGUUUGCCAAAAACAUACAUACACAGAGUGGGGAGGACCGCAAGAGCAGGGAGAAAUGGCGUGUCCAUUACUCUGGUGACGCAGUACGACAUCCACCUGGUCCAAUCCAUUGAGGAGCAGACCCAAACCAAGCUAAAGGAGUAUCUGGUGCAGGAGAAGGAAGUGCUGAAGAUCCUCACCCAGGUCAACGUGACCAAACGGGAGUGUGAAAUUAAACUGGAGUCGACAGACUUUGAUGAGAAGAAGGAGAUCAACAAGAGGAAACAGAUGAUCUUGGAUGGGAAGGAUCCUGACCUUGAACAGAAGCGGAAAGCUGAGCUGGAGAAGAUCCACUGGCAGAAGACAAAGUUCAAAGCAAAAAUCCAGGAGAACAUUGACAGAAAGAAGUGUCAAGUAAUCCAAAAAAGACUGAAGAAGAGGAACAAAAGAAAAAAACAGACCUCGACAUUAUAGUGAUGGGUGUCGGACUUUUUUUUACUUGGACUGCACAACAGCUAAGCCUUUUCUGAUGAAAAUGUUUAAAACAUUAUUUGUGCUUAUAGCACAAAUAAUGUUAAUCUUUUCAUUUGGCUUCUUUUCAUAUUCCUGUGUACCCUGCUUAAAUACUGUGAACAUACAAACUACUUGCGUGUAAGCAAUGUUUUCAAAAGGCUUGUAUUUUGAAAUAACACACAGAAAUACGCUGUAACUCCCCAGAUUGGUCUAGUGGUAGUCUAAUGUAGUGGUAUUGAAGUCAACUAAAGGGCUUGAAAGAUAAAUGAAAACACCGUAUUACUCACAUUAGAAGCAUCACUUUCAAAUAGCUUCUGUUAUGAAGCAAAUGAAUGAGCUCAAACCUCCUGAAUCCUUGGGGUCAUCUACAGGUUUAAAGUCAUGGCAUCGAGGUAUGAAACAAUGUUGAAUCACUUCUUGGCAGGUUUGUCUUUAAAUGCCAUUUUGCUUGUGUUUCAAGGGUUCCAUUUUGCUGAACAAACACCAAUAAAAUGCAUUACAACGAAGAAGUGGCAUAGGCUACAUGCCAACACUGGAUUAAAUCAAGAACACAGACUGACUGCCCCCCUCUGACCUUUCAAAUUCACCAAUUCAAUUCAUGGAUCUAACUACCGUCUUCUUUUGUAUUUAUUGGUGUGUGCCAAUGACCAUGUGCAAGUCAUCUGUCGAGUUCAGGUGAGAGAGUGUCUUCACAUUGAUGGCAAACAAUUAACAGCUCCGGAGUCUUCAGUUUUUAUUGAACCAGUGGACCAUGA